AUGUGUGCCAAAAUCGCUCUUGCCGUUUUUCUUAUUGUGGUUGCCACUGCCUCUGCUGCUAACUUGCCGGACAAGUACUAUGGAACCUUCGACUUGAGUCACUCUGAAAACUUUGAUGAGUACAUGACUGCUAAAGGAUAUGGAUGGUUUACUCGCAAGCUUGUCACAUUCGCCACAUUCAAGAAGGUCUUCACCAGAACCGGCAGUAAGAAUCUCUUCGACUACUCUAACUUGACCUCAAAGAAGGACGUUCACUACAAGAACAUUGAACUCGGAAAGGCAUUCCAAGGAGAAGGACUCGACAGCACCAAACACGAGAUCACUUUCACCCUCAAGGAUGGACAUUUGUUCGAGCAUCACAAGCCACUCGAGGGAGGAGAUGCCAAGGAAGAGACCUACGAAUACCUUUUCGACGGAGACCUUCUUCUUGUUCGCAUGAGCUUCAACGGAGUCGAAGGACGCAGAUUCUAUAAGAGAAUCGAAUAA